AUGUUGGAAGUGGAGUUUAAGUUGAAUAUGGUGAAUGGUUUACUGUGUUCAAACACGGUGACCACCCCUUCUACUCCUACCAAUAGGUUGCUGUGGAGGUGUGGUGAUGGUGGGGUCCCCUACGAGAGCUUUGAGGUCGUGUAUGGAACCACUGCGGAGGGAGGUGGAGAAUUGGCGAGGCCGGGUGUGGCGGCGGCAGCGAAGGAGAAAGCGGCAGAGGAGGUGCGAACGGGUGCGGGCGGGCGAGCGGAGGAGGGCGCGUGUGGUAGCGGUGGUCAAUUAGAGGAUGGUGUUGAUUCUAUUGGUGAUGGAGUUUCACAUUCCAAUUGGUUGGAGGAGAGUAGUAAAUUGGAUGAUGAGCACAAUCUACUUGAGGUCGCCGGCUUAGAUUUAUGGAAGAUGAUACAUGACGUAAAGGCGACGUUGGGCGCGAUCAAUGAUGGAGAGAUAACCAUUUCGGCAUAUGACACUGCAUGGGUCGCAUUAAUAGAGAAACAAGACGGAGGUAGCGGCCCACAAUUCCCGUCUAGCGUACGAUGGAUCGUCGAUAACCGACUUCAUGACGGCUCGUGGGGCGACGCUGCCAUGUUCUCCGCCCAUGACAGGAUGAUCAACACUCUGGCUUGUGUUGUCGCAUUGAAGUUGUGGGGUGUUCACCUUGAAAAGUGCGAACGAGGAUUAUCAUUUCUUCGCGAGAACAUGUGGAGGUUGGCGGAGGAGGAGGCAGAGCUUAUGACUGUUGGCUUUGAGAUUGCUUUCCCUUCCCUAAUAGAGAUGGCCAAAAACCUGGGCCUGGAUCUUCCUUAUGAUGAUCCAGCCUUGAAGGAUAUAUAUGCAAGGAGAAGUCUAAAGCUCAAGAGGUCAAGAGGAUUGAGUGAAGCAGUGCAUGAAGGUAUUGAGUUGGAUUAUUCUUAUCAGCGCGAAAAUCAAAUAUGAACCAAUUCCAUAAUCAAAGAAUAACUGGGUCUGUUUCCUCACCAUUGCCCAUUAUACCUUCCCCUAUCGAAGAGAGGUAUCCGAAAACGCUGGAUUCUCAAUCGUUUUUUCUCGAAAGAGAGCUUAGAAGCAACCCUGUGAACCCAGUU